CUCACGGAAUCUGAUACCUGAGUGGAGCAAAGCCUUACUUCAAGUAUUAUCAACCUCCUUUACGAUUCUGUGAUACUUGUUUAAUCUGUUUCUUUUGUCUCGCUCUGGUUAAGUAAAGAAUCUGUUUCUUGCUUGGAAAGCAAUAUGGAUGUUUAAAGUUUUCUUGUUCUUGUUUAAUGCAUGCUAAACCAAAAAAAAUAACCGAAUGAGGAUGAUGAUGACGAAUGUGUUUAGUCGAAUUGAUCUUUCGAGUUUCGUUACAGGUACAACAGAACAUACGUGGCAACCAACAAUGUCUGCAGAGACAAACAUCCCAAGUUACUGGCUUAACUGGAGAUUCUUUGUCUGCGCAAUCUUCAUCUUAACGUCCCUGUUUCUAUCUUCUUUCCUCAUUUGGAAAUACGAAGGACCUGUAAAACGCAAGGCUGAUGAUCAAAGAGAACCGGUAGGAGUUGUAUACGAUGAUGAAACUUGGAAUACUUGCGUGGCAAGGAUUCAUCCGAAUUGGCUUUUAGGUUUUCGAGUUUUCGGUUUUGUUGUUCUUUUGGGACUCAUCUCUGGUAAUGCCAUAGCUGAUGGAGCCAGCAUCUUCAUCUUUUACACUCAAUUGACUUUCAUAUUGGUCACAAUCUACUUUGGGCUUGGAGCCUUGUUGUCCAUAUACAGAUAUAAAUCUGGUGAGAAUUGUCUGAACGGAGUCAGUACAGCUGAUGAAGAGCUAGGGUCGUAUAGACCUCCCAUGAAUGGCGAAAAUUCGAAUGUGUUUAAAUUCUCAAACGGACACGAGAGACACAACACGUCUACACGUCAAGUUGCAUCUACAUUGGGUUACAUCCAUCAGGCUCUUUAUCAAACUUGUGGAGGAGCAGUAUUGCUCACAGAUGGUGUGUUUUGGUUCAUUAUCUACCCUUUUCUCACAUCCAAAGAUUUCAGUCUCAGUUUUUUCAUUGUGGUUAUGCACUCGGUCAACGCUGUCUUCCUCCUCGGUGAAACUUUCUUGAACUCUCUGCGAUUCCCAUUGUUCAGGAUUUCAUACUUUGUGGUAUGGACAGGCGUAUUCGUGCUAUUCCAAUGGAUCGUUCAUGCUUGUGUCUCCUUCUGGUACCUGUCAUGGUUCAAUCUAUCCUUCUUUAAUGUUUCUAUGAACAGAUUAGUAUUACAAUAUGUUUGGUGCAGGUGGCCAUACCCAUUCUUGGAUGUAUCAUCAGCCUAUGCUCCUUUAUGGUAUGCUGCUGUUGGGUUGAUGCACUUACCAUGCUUUGGAUUAUUUGCUUUGAUCGUGAAGUUGAAGUACUUGUGGCUCUCAAAAUGUUUCUCAGAUGAACCAUAUAGUAAUAGAUAGCAUAAUGCAUAUAUAUACUUGAAUGCCUAUAGAACAUAGUACAAAGAAAAAUGUUUAAGACUCUCAUGUACAG